GACGACGCAGGGAGGCGCCUCUGCAGUCUGGUGUGAAAAUUCUUAGCUUUCAGUCGGGAAAUCAGCCAACAUUUAAGUCACGGCAGUGGAGGACGAAGGAUAAAACUCAAGGCAAUGAGGGCGGGCGUAUUGGUUGUCUUGAUCUGGGCGUGCGCAGGCGCUGCCCUGGUCAUAGAUGAAGCGUUCGAGGGCCCCGCCAUGCCCCCCGGGGUGCCGCCCGAAGACAAGGCAACGGCCAUCACGUCGACCUCCGAGGGGAAGCAAGCCCCGCCCACCGCCGUCCUGGUCGAGGAAGCCACCACCGCGAUGGACGCAGGUGAACCCACACCCACGAUAAAGAACACGCCCACCCCUGCAGCCACCCCUGUCAUUCAGAAGCAGCCGCCUUCUCCUCAACCCCGCCCAUCCCCGGAGCCAACGCCCGCAAAGCCUAUGCAGCCACCAAUGCCAGUGCCGACCUUACCUCCUAGCUACGAAGUGACUAUCGAGGUGAUCGACGUGCUCAACAACGAGUCCUUCGAAGUGCAGGAGAAGGAGCGAGACGGCCGCGCCAAGCACAUCCUCGCUGCCAGCACCUUGAACGUGACUUGCAUCUUGAACACGCUGACUGCUGAGGGCUACUUGGUGGAGGGUGUUCGGUGCGGACGGUACAGCGGCCUACCUCAGAAAUGCUUUUGCACCUCGCUCUUCUGCCGCCCGUACGUGGCUCUGGGCGCCCUCCUGCAGUACCUGAGGAGCAGCAACGCCUCGCACGCCCAGGUUGGGAUUGGAGGUGCUGGGAAUGUGGAGGUACUAAAAUGGCAGGUAACUAGUGCUGACAUGACCGUGGAAGCUGUUUACACACGUUCAUCUGUUGGUCAGCUGUCUCCACUUGUAUUCACAGUGAAAGGCACAGGUCGUGUGUUCAUGCUCCCAGGUGGGCCUCUCUCCCUUCAGUACAAAGUGAAAUCAUGGGCUCUGACCACAGAGCCAGCCUACAUGCUCGUUUCUACACCUCCAGGAGUUUUCUGUCCAGCCCAUGAUCGAAAGUUUAUUCCCAAAUUAGCCAAUCAAUUUUCCCUUACCAUGGAAACUGUUAUUGAGAACCUUGGCACAAUAGCCUAUGAGCAACAGAACUAUGAAUCUGAGGAGAAGUUGGUAUCUUUCACAUAUCGCCCUCAUUUACAUGCUGAUGGAAUGUUUUUCCUGAAUAUCAGAGGUCUCAAUGACAUCACCAUUGAAACAUACAGGGUAAUCCACGACUUUAAAACAGGGAUUCAGUACAUGAUCAAUGAGAAGACCAGCAAUUGUAGCAUCCAAGGAAUUCCACUCACAGCCUUAGAUGCUGUACCAGCGGAAAAUCAACACAUUCGUCUCCGCCAUGCUUCUGAACUGAUUUCAAUUGAUCCUAACAUGUUCAUCUACAAAGGCACAAGGCGUGUGCGGGGGAUUCUUUGUGAUGUGUGGGUGGCAGAGCGAGGUUUACGGAAGGGUCAGUACUCAACUGUAGAGAUCUACUUUUCACAUGAGAACUGGACUGUUGAGGUGGAGGUAUUUAACAAGGUCCACCAGGUGCCCAUCGGAAUAUCAUCCUAUGUUGCUGUUGCUGACAAUCCAAGUCACUGGGCCUCUGUUGUACACACUUUCUUCUAUCAAUACAGCGACGGUCAUCCCUCGUGGCGUCACUUUGAUAUUUCUCCCUGCCUUAAUCGCAUCAAUCGCAUCUUCCUCAUUCUUAGUCUUGAGGUUUCUUACUCUGAACUUGUUCACUACAAUCUUGAAGCAGCAAAGAAUUCUAUUAGGAGAGCAGUUGCUGGAAUAGCUGGAGUGUCACCGCUUCGCAUCACUGACCUAUUUCUAAGUAGUCGUCAAGCAACAGGUGAGGUGGAUGUAUGGUUUGUGCUACUAGAGAAACCCGAUGUAACUGGGCCUGUUCUUACACCCCGACCUCAACUCAUGAUGGCUGAUGCAUACAAGCUUCUUCAUGAUAUUACUCAUAAACACAAUGUCUCCGUCAAGCUUGAUCUUUCUCCCAAGAAAAAGCUUUUCGUCACCAUCAAGCGAGGAUCACUGGAGACAACAACAGAGGCUCUCCAUCCACACAUGCGACAUCGAUCCUUGCGGUAUCUUAAGGCAGGUUACACUGCUGGCAGUAUGGCUGGCCUAGGAUUUUCCAUGGCUAUUCUUGGUACGUGUAUGGGCAUUUUUGUAGGAUUCUUAUUGUGGAAACGUCAUACUUCCGUGCCCUAUCAAGUUACAGAAUGACGCCGAGGCUUUGUUGAUUUGGAUGGCCCAAGCAUUCUAACAUAAUAAGUCUCUUUAGAGCUGUGGAGAGUUGUUGAGUUUGACUAUAAGAAAAGUCAGUUUAAGUAAUUAAAUUUGAAAUAUAUAUGAAACAAGCCUUACCACUCAAAUAGCAUAGCAAAAGUCAGUGUGAAUAUUCUGAUAUGGGAAUAAGAUAAAAAUUUAAGAAGUGAAUACUCAAUCUGUCUUACUUGAAAAUAUCCUAAGCCUUUCUUAUUGAACAUUCAGUAUAAUUCAGGGUUCAAAGAAAGCUUAAUUAGACAGAAAAAGUUCACUGAAAGUGCAUUUAAAAGAAGUGAAAACAGUCCUGCUUGAAGGAAAAUUCUGAAGUUCAUGAACUGAUUAAUUUUGUGUCGUUCUCAUUUCAUACUUAUAGAUCAUGUACUUGUACAGGAUAUAUAAGUUUCUGUGUGAAAAUGAAAAUAGUUACCACCCUUUCAUGGCAAUAUUUAUGUGUUCUGCUGUAUGAGGAGUUAUAUCCAAUACCUGGAAGUGCUCAAAUUGUAUGACUGCAACAUUUUAUGCACCAAGAUUGCAAGAUAAGCAAAUCUGUACUGACCCUAGCAGCAUUAAUUUAUCAAUAUUAUUGUAUUCAUACAUUUAGUUAAGGUAGUUCUGGCAUAGAACAAAUAUUAGACUGAUUUGAUCUUCUGGCUACACAAAAAUGAUGAAGAAUUGUCAGACAGUAAGAAAAUUAAAGAUUUUCCUGUUUAAUUUAUCAUUUAUUUAUGUAUGUAUGCAUGUAUAAAGGUAAAAUGCAUGCAUACAUGUGUGUACACA